UGAACGAUUUCGAUUCGAGUCCAUGUUCUACGAGGCCUGUGGUGAGCGCCCCCCCGCGAUGUCGCGUGUGGUGGAGGUGGAGCGGAAGUUCGUGCUGGGCGAGCACACGGAGGAGCUGCUGCUGGCCGCCGGCGGGCGCCUGCUGGCGGAGCGGCGCUUCCGCGACGUCUACCACGACGUGAUGGGUCACGACGUGGUGGACCGCGACGUGGACGGGAGCCUCGCGCUGGCCCUGGCCGACCUCUGGCUCCGCCGCAGGGACUCCGUCUGGCAGCUCAAAUACCCCGUGGGCGGGGCGGUGACCACGACCUCCUCCACUGCGGAGGACCGGCUGGUGCAGCGCUACGUGGAGACGGAGUGCGAGGCGGAGAUCGUGGAGAGGGUGGCGGCCGUGCUGGGUGUGGGCGCGGCGGUGGGCACCGUUGACGAGCUGGUGGAGAGGGCGCAGCUCAGGCCGUUUGCCGAGUUCGGCACGGAGCGGCGGCGCUACCUCCUACCUGCCCACGGCAUUGAAGGGGUGGAGGGGGUGGAGGAGGUGGAGGGGGAGGGAGUGGAGCGUCUGGGCUCCGUGUGCGUAGACCUGGACGUGAGCGACUUUGGCUACGCCGUGGGAGAGCUGGAGGUGGUGUGCCGGGAGGAGCGGUCGGUCCCACAGGCCGUGCUGGCCAUACAGGCCGUGGCCAGCCAACUCGAGUUGGUGAGCGGCACCAACCUGCUGAGCAAGCUGGCUGUCUUCCUGCGCGACCACCGCCCUGACCUCUACCGCCGACUCGUCGAUGCCCACGUCCUCGGCUGACCUCGGCUGGUGACCUCGGCUGGUGACCUCGGCUGGUGACCUCGGCUGGUGACCUUGGGUGACCUCGGCUGGCUGACCUGAGCUGGUGACCUUGGGUGACCUUUGCUGGUGACCUCGGCUGGUGACCUCAGCUGGUGACCUCAUCUGGUGACCUCACCUGGUGACCUUGGAAGAUGACCUUGGCUGACAAAGAUCCUCCGUGUAGCCUCCAGCAGGCUGUAGGGGCAAGUUAUACAGGUAGGAACAAUGUUCCACACUGCCCACCAGGGAUUUAUUGUCUGUCUGUCUGACUGUCUGUCUCUCGUGCAUAAAUGAAUAUAUAAUACACACAGCUCUUUGAUUGGUGGAAACCUUACAAACAGCUCUUUGAUUGGUGGAGACCUACUGCCGGGUACGGAGAGGGGAGGCGCCUAAGGGAGGAGGGUCAGGGGAGGGGCCUAAGGAAGGGGGGAGUCAGGAGAGGGGCCUGAGGGGGAGGGGAUCAGAGGAGGGGCCUAAGGGAGGGGGGGUCAGGGGAGGGGCCUAAGGAUAUGGGGGGUGGUCAGGGGAGGGGCCUAAGGGAAGGGGGGUCAGGGGAGGGGCCUAAGAAAGGGGGGUAAAGGGAGGGGCCGAUAGUUAAGGGGGCUGGCUACCUGGCUGGCUGCCAGCGUGGUGGAGAUGUUGUUCAGUGGGAGAGCGCACGCUUUGCAUGUGCGAGGCCCUGGGUUCAAUCCCCGGCAUCUCCAUGUCGGAAGCUUUUAUUUAAUUAUUUUUUCAAACAAAGUUUGAAUUCCAAAAUCAAUUGGCUGUGUCAAUGUCUCUGUAAUAGGGGUGCACAUGAACUCUCGUAAAUAUUACCCUAUAUGAACGAUACCUUCGGAUGAAUUUGUGUUGAUUUCAGGAACUUGCUAUUUGUAUAACCAGCGAUGCACACAGUGAUCAAAUGGUUUACUUUAACAUUUAGAGAUGAAAGCAAGUGCUUAAAAGUAUCCAGAACACUUUUAUUUCACCCCGUACCCAGGUGGAUCUGCGCCCCGGUAGAACCAGAAUGGAGAUGUAGCUCAGUGGUCGAGUGCACGCUUCGCAUGUGUGAGGCCCCAGGGUCAAUCCCCGGCAUCUCCAUGUUGGAUCUGGAAUCCAUGUUGGAAGUUUUUUAAAAAUGUAUGUUUCCAACAAAGGUUGAUUUUCAAAAUCAAUUGGCUGUGUCCAUGUCCCUGUUAUCGGGGUGCACAUGAACUCUCGUAAACACAUUCCUGCGGAGGGAGCUGGAAGGAACGUUGGUUUUCUCGGUCAAUGGCCAGUGUCAACGGCGGCGUGGUGUAUUUCGCAAAUAUGGCCAACUGUGAGGUUGGGCACAAGCCGGCGUGAGUCGGUUAAACGUUGAGUUUUAUUAAGGCACCACGGGGUGACCAGCCCUUCCCCACCCUCCCCCACCCAGCCCCUCCCCUCCCCACCCUCCCCUCUCCACCCAGCCCCACCCCUCCCAUUUUUGGAUUCACGACGGACGGACGGACACAAUAAUCCCCUGUGGGCUGGUGGAACCAGGUGCUUCCUACCAGUAUAACCCUAUAUGAACGAUACCUGAGGGUGAAUUUGGGUUGAUUUCAGGAACUUGCUAUUUGUAUAACUAGCGAUGCACACAGUGAUCAAAUGGUUUACUUCAAAUUUUGGAGAUGAAAAACAGUGCUUAAAAGUAUCCAAAAACUUUUUUAUUUCCGAAUUAAUAUUUCCAAUAAUAAAUAAAUCGGGAAAGCAUCACAGUAUCCAUCCACAUGUAUGCUUGUUAUUUCUAUUUCUUUCAAAUAAAUACAUUUUGCUUGGA